AUGGAGACCCUCAGCCCACAUUUGCGAGCCCUCCACGAACUCUCCGAAAGCAUCAGGGCAAACGACCAAUAUAUCCCUGAAAAAUAUCCCCCGCAUUUCUCCCAGGACGACCCCCUCCUCGUUUCCUACAAGCUCACCCUUACCACCUACUACUUCACCCAACACACCUUCAUCAAGCGGCAGAACCACCCCGAUGAGAUCGGGAACAACAUCUACGGGGACUCCAUAGUGGUGCUCUUAGUCCCCGAACGACUACGUAACGAAGCUGCCACGUUGAAGCUUAUCGCCGCGGAGACAACCAUCCCCGUGCCGACCCUAUUGGGUAUAUACGAGGAAAACGGGCUAGUGCAUCUCAAAACGUCCUUGGCUCCGAACGAUGCGAUAUUGCUGGACGACGUGGACCCCGCUGAUCAAGAGACCGCCAUCACAGAAGUUGACAAGCAAAUCCAGUCGACCAUCCUCCCCCAACUUCGUGACCUUCGCCGCAACUUCGUAGGGAGCGUCGACGUUAAUCUGCCAGUGAUCCCCACAGCCUCACUAUAUAGCCCACGCAAUCAUCAGGCAUGGCCGCGAAUGGAAAGGGAUGCCGAAGUAUAUAAUCUCUGCCACAAUGACCUUGGACCUCACAACAUAUUCGUGGAUCCUUUGACGUUCGAGAUCGUGAGAGUUAUUGACUGGGAGUACGCUGGGUUCUUCCCAGCGAAAUUUGAGAUCCCGCUUUGGAGAGAGGCAGAUCAGCGGCGUCGGCAUCAGAUGAUGCGCGACGCUAAGAAGUCCGGCUUAGUGGGCACUGAUGGGCUGUAUCAUGAGGCGAAGUACGGUCUGGAUCAUCAAGCUAUCCCCAAGGGAAAGUUUGCGUCCUUCGCAUAGAAACCUACAUAUCUAGUUAUCACUAAAAUAGUUAGUAAUUACAGGUAUCAUGGAGUCCAGAGUGUUGCUCUACCACUGAACGUCUAUCGUUUACAGUCUGUCAAGGCUUCCUCUGUG